CACAUACGCGCGAACACGCAGACACAUGGCAGUGAGUCUGCCACGAACACAUCCCUUGUAGAUCAACUUUUUUUUUUUCCCGGCCAAAACUAUCCGUUUCCGGUAACCAUGAAUGCAUAUUCGCCGUUCAUCUCAAAACCCAUUAGUACACCACCAAAACCAACUCCACCAGUCUUCACCCAAACUUCCAAAUUCAAUCCAAAUGAGGAAAGGGUCUACGAAUUUAGGCCACGUAAUGUCAGAUUUCCAGUUCCCAUGAGCACCAGCUGGGGACACUCUUCAUCGCCCGUAAUUGAAUCGGGUAUUGGAUCCGACUCCAGCUCGUAUGGCAAUACGCCGGGGAAUUUGGAAGCUUCAGAAGAGAACAUUGAGAAGGCUAUUUACCGAUGUCGCUUCAUGGCGCUUCUGGGAGUCUCGGGGUCUUUGGUUGGAUCAUUUUUAUGUUUUAUCAAGGGCUGCACUUUCGUUGUAUCAUCUUUUAUGGAGUACUUUGUAAAUCGGGGAAAAGUGAUUCUAUUGCUGGUUGAUGCCAUCGAUGUCUAUCUUUUGGGGACGGUGAUGCUGGUCUUUGGAAUGGGUCUCUAUGAGCUCUUUGUCAGCAAUCUUGACAGGGCAAAAUCACUAUCAGAGGAAAGACUUCCACACCAAUCGAAUUUCUUUGGCUUAUUCACUCUGAAGGAACGACCUAAAUGGCUGGAUGUAAAAACCGUCAAUGGGCUAAAAACCAAGAUUGGCCAUGUGAUAGUGAUGCUUCUUCUAAUUGGGUUGUUGGACAAGAGCAAAAAGGCCCUUAUACACUCUCCUGCGGAUUUGCUUUGUUUCUCUGCUUCUAUCCUCCUCUCCUCGGGUUCCCUGUUUCUACUGUCCAAGCUCACUGAGUCAAACUGAUAGUUGUCAUUGAUGACAAUACUUUGUAAAUAUAACUAAAGAUAUGUGUGUUAAUAUAUAUAUACUAUUUUCGAGAGAAAUUUAUCUGUUACAAAUUAUUUUGAGGGAUAUUUAAAUCUAAACUCUAUAAUAGGAUAAAGUUGAAAUUUCAUCCAAUUCGAUGUGCUUUAGCCCUCUUGAGUUGCAUCCGAAUUUGGCUACCUGAACCAAUUGUGUCAUAGAUGACAUUUUACUUUC